UACUCCCCCACCCCCCAUGGAGGGCAGAGGUGUGUGCUCCGUCGCCGCCUCUGCCGCUGCAGCCGUUCCGUUACCCCCGGGUCGGAGGGACGGUGCUUAAAGGGGACGUUCAGCUGCCGGCCAGGGAAGCAGGUUGGCUUGUGAACCUGUUGGUAAUUCCUUUUUGGACUUUGCUUCCUCAGUACAAAUGGAACUCAGGACUCAGUUGUCACAAUCAGAGUGAGCAAAGGCUACAUUGAAGAUGGAGAAGAAGAGAAGAAAGAAAUGAAUGCCUUUUUUCAGGCUAAACCCCAAAAGACCAUGGAAUUCAACUUUUAUUUAUGUUGGACAAGACUGUAAGACAGCUGACCAGCAAUGUUUCAACUUUUGGCUGAAACAAAAAUGAACUAAUAGACAAGAAGGAAAAAACGUGAUUUGAAUUUACGGCAUUUUAAGACCACAUUCUCUCCUGACCAUGAAGUUUGUAAACAUCUGGCUGCUUCUCCUUGUGUUUUUACUCUGUGGGAAGAGGCACUGGGCUAGUGGGCUGGAAAACUCGUCCCAUGAGACCCCUUUGUGCUCUGGGUGCUCCCAGCUUUCUCUGAAGGUGGAGUUCUCUUCAACAGUCGUGGAACAUGAGUAUAUUGUGGCAUUCAAUGGAUACUUUACAGCCAAGGCUAGAAAUAAAUUUAUUUCGAGCGCACUCAAAAGCAGCGAAAUAGAAAAUUGGAGGAUUAUACCUCGAAACAAUCCAUCCAGCGACUAUCCCAGUGACUUUGAAGUGAUACAGAUAAAAGAAAAACAGAAAACUGGAGUGCUGACUCUAGAAGAUCAUCCCAAUAUCAAACGAGUGACCCCCCAACGCAGAGUCUUUCGUUCUCUCAAGUACACUGAGCCUGACCCCUCGGUGCCCUGCAAUGAGACCAGAUGGAUACAGAAGUGGCAGUCAUCACGUCCCCUCAGGAGAGCAAGCCUCUCCCUGGGCUCUGGAUUCUGGCACGCCACGGGGAGGCACUCCAGCAGGCGCUUGUUGAGAGCCAUCCCCCGGCAGGUGGCUCAGACCCUCCAGGCCGAUGUCCUCUGGCAGAUGGGAUAUACAGGAGCUAGUGUAAGAGUUGCUGUUUUUGAUACUGGAUUGAGUGAAAAACAUCCCCACUUCAAAAAUGUCAAGGAGAGAACCAACUGGACUAAUGAGAGAACGUUAGAUGAUGGUUUGGGCCAUGGUACCUUUGUAGCAGGUGUGAUAGCCAGCAUGAGGGAAUGCCAGGGAUUUGCUCCUGAUGCAGAGUUACACAUUUUCAGGGUCUUCACCAAUAAUCAGGUUUCUUAUACAUCUUGGUUUUUGGAUGCUUUCAACUAUGCUAUCUUAAAGAAAAUUGAUGUGCUAAAUCUCAGCAUUGGUGGCCCAGACUUCAUGGAUCAUCCUUUUGUUGACAAGGUAUGGGAAUUGACAGCUAACAAUGUAAUCAUGGUUUCUGCUAUUGGCAAUGAUGGGCCACUCUAUGGCACUCUCAAUAACCCUGCUGAUCAGAUGGAUGUGAUAGGAGUAGGCGGAAUUGACUUUGAAGAUAAUAUAGCUCGCUUUUCUUCUAGGGGAAUGACUACUUGGGAACUCCCAGGAGGUUAUGGUCGUGUGAAACCAGAUAUUGUCACUUAUGGUUCUGGAGUGAGAGGCUCUGGUGUAAAGGGUGGAUGCCGAUCUCUCUCAGGAACCAGUGUUGCCUCCCCAGUGGUAGCGGGUGCUGUCACUCUGCUAGUGAGUACUGUCCAGAAACGUGAAAUGGUGAAUCCUGCGAGUAUGAAGCAGGCCUUGAUUGCAUCGGCACGACGACUUCCUGGGGUCAAUAUGUUUGAGCAGGGACAUGGCAAACUGGACCUGCUGAGAGCCUAUCAGAUCCUCAAUAGUUACAAACCACAGGCAAGUCUCAGUCCCAGCUACAUAGACCUGACCGAGUGUCCGUACAUGUGGCCUUAUUGCUCCCAGCCCAUCUACUAUGGAGGGAUGCCAACUAUAGUCAAUGUGACCAUCCUUAAUGGCAUGGGUGUCACUGGCAGGAUUGUAGACAAGCCUGAUUGGCAACCCUAUUUACCACAGAAUGGGGAUAACAUUGAAGUUGCCUUCUCCUACUCCUCAGUGCUGUGGCCCUGGUCGGGAUAUCUGGCCAUCUCGAUUUCUGUAACAAAGAAAGCAGCCUCCUGGGAAGGCAUUGCCCAGGGUCACGUCAUGAUCACAAUAUCCUCCCCUGCAGACAAUGAAUCUAAAAAUGGUGCAGAACAGACAUCAACUGUGAAGCUCCCAAUUAAGGUGAAGAUCAUUCCUACUCCUCCUCGAAGCAAGAGAGUCCUUUGGGAUCAAUAUCACAAUCUUCGCUAUCCACCAGGAUACUUCCCCAGGGAUAAUUUGAGAAUGAAAAAUGACCCCUUGGAUUGGAAUGGGGACCAUAUACACACCAACUUCAGGGAUAUGUACCAGCAUCUGAGAAGUAUGGGUUACUUUGUAGAAGUUCUCGGCUCACCCUUCACAUGUUUUGAUGCCAGUCAGUAUGGGACGCUGCUGAUGGUCGACAGUGAAGAAGAAUACUUCCCAGAGGAAAUCAGCAAACUGAGGAGGGAUGUUGACAAUGGUCUUUCACUUAUAGUGUUCAGUGACUGGUACAACACAUCAGUGAUGAGAAAAGUCAAAUUUUAUGAUGAAAACACAAGACAGUGGUGGAUGCCAGAUACAGGAGGAGCUAAUAUUCCAGCUUUAAAUGAACUUCUUUCUGUCUGGGGCAUGGGGUUCAGUGAUGGCUUGUAUGAAGGGGAUUUUACCUUGGCCAACCAUGACAUGUAUUAUGCAUCAGGGUGCAGUAUUGCCAAGUUCCCAGAAGAUGGCAUUGUGAUCACACAGACCUUCAAGGACCAAGGUCUGGAGGUUUUAAAGCAAGAGACAGCAGUUGUUGAAAAUGUCCCUAUUUUGGGACUUUAUCAGAUCCCUUCAGAGAGUGGAGGUCGCAUAGUUCUAUAUGGAGACUCUAACUGCUUGGAUGAUAGUCAUCGACAAAAGGAUUGCUUUUGGCUUCUGGAUUCUCUCCUUCAGUUUACUUCUUUUGGAGUGAUAUCUCCAAGUCUCAGCCACUCUGAAAAUAGGCAUCGCCCUCCAAGUGGAGUAGGUUCUGCUCUUCCAGAAAGAAUGGAAGGAAACCAUCUGCAUCGUUAUUCAAAAGUACUUGAGGCCCAUUUAGGAGAUCCAAAACCUCGAGCUCUUCCUGCCUGCCCUCACCUGUCUUGGGCCAAACCCCAGCCUCUAAAUGAAACGGCCCCCAGUAAUCUCUGGAAACAUCAAAAGUUACUGUCGAUUGACCUAGACAAAAUGGCUUUACCCAGCUUUCGAACCAAUCGGCCCCAAGUUAGACCUUUGUCUCCUGGAGAAAGUGGGGCCUGGGACAUUCCAGGAGGGAUAAUGCCCGGCCGUUAUAAUCAGGACGUGGGACAGACAAUUCCGAUGUUUGCCUUCCUGGGUGCCAUGGUAGUUCUGGCUUUCUUUGUGGUGCAAAUCAACAAAGCUAAAAGCAGACCCAAGAGAAGGAAGCCAAGAGUCAAGCGCCCUCAGCUGAUGCAGCAGAUCCAUCCACCAAAGACCCCUUCAGUGUGAUGUCCAGGUAGCUGACCCCUAUCGCCAAAGAGGGCCCUCUGGAAUGGCCUGAGGGGACAUCAGAUGGCUCUUGGUGAUGGCAGCUGUCUAAAAGUGAUCUCAUUUUUUCAUUAAAUGUUGCCCAUCCCAAAUGGGCCUGGCCCGCAUGUGGUGGAGGAGACUCAACUCUCAUGAAACACCAUCUCGUUGCCCUUGGCCCCUGGCAGAAUGGACUCCUCCAGAUGGCUAUGCAGAGAAGCUCCGUGGAAGAGCAGCUGGAUGUACCACGCCAAAGACUUGAAGACUUUCAGAAGGCUGUUGGCUGUUUUUAACUUGAGAGGAAAAAGAGACUUUUGAAAUAGACAAAAAAAAAAUCCUGACCAAAUGGAGAUGUUUGUUAAAGGCUAUUUUCUAUAUUUAUUGUUGGAAAAAGUCACUUUAGGAACUUUUCGGUAUUUGGAAACAAAACUAUUUUUUGGCAAUGGAAUGCAAUUUUUAAAAUAUUAUAUCAUGAGGAGUAAUAAGCUCCAUCCAUCUUUAUGAUGCAAAAGGGACAGACUGAGACUGGAAGGAAACUAGCACAAAUCUGUGAGACAUAGACCUUCACUUUAUUUUUAUAAAUACCAACUGCCAUGAUUUUUUGUAAUUUUGGAUCUUGAUUUCACCAUUGUUGGUGAAGGAAAUUUUCAAUAAAUAUGCAUUAUCUAUAAGAAGCUGAAAA